AAGUGCCUAGCCACCCUCCAGUGCACAUGGAGGCUGGCCUAGGGGCCACCAGGGUUGCUGAGAGGAUGCUGAAUUCUCUCCCCUUCCUCUGGGACAAGCCAGAACAGAGUCACCCUCUGAGGGUUCCUUAGAGCUGACCCCAGCCCCAGCCUCACCCCUCAGUCCCCAGCUCCCCAUGCAGAUGUCCCUUCUGCAGCUCCAGGUAGGGGCCCAGUGGGCAUCCCAAACUCAGGGAAGCUACCUGGUCCUCUGAUCACUUGGCCUGCACCUGCUCCUCCUCAGGCAUGCCCAUCCCAGCACAUUCUCCCAGCUGCCCAGGCCACAGCCCUUCGGGUUAGCCUCGACUUUUAUCUCAUAUCCACUCCACUUCAUUAGCAACCCUGGCAACACCGUCUUCAGAAUAUUUCCAGAAUCUGGCCAGGUACAGUGGCUCACGCCUGUAAUCCCAGCACUUUGGGAGGCUGAGGCAGGCGGAUCACCUGAGGUCAGUUCAAGACCAGCCUGGCCAACAUGGUGAAACCCCAUCUCUACUAAAAAUACAAAAAUUAGCUGGGCGUGGUGGCGCACGCCUGUAAUCCCAGCUACUCAGGAGGCUGAGGCAGGAGAAUCGCUUGAAGCUGGGAGGCGGAGGUUGUGGUGAGUGGAGAUUGCGCCACUGCACUCCAGCAUGGGCUACAGUGCGAGACUCCCAUCUGAAAAAAAAAAGAGCUGGGCGUGGUGGCGGGCACCUGUAAUCCCAGCUGCUCAGGAGGCUGAGGCAGAAUUCUUGAACCCGGGAGGCAGAGGUUGCAGUGAGCUGGGAUCACACCACUACACUCCAGCCUGGGCGACAGAGCGAGACUCCGUCUCAAAAAAGAUUUCCAGACUCUGCCUACUGUUCUCUCCUCCCUGACCCCACCUUGGCCCUGCUCCCCGAUCCCUCCCCUUUGGUUAACCCUGGAAGCCUCUUCACUGGCUCCCUGCUCUCCAUCCUCGCCACACAGCCAGAGGGACCUGUGAGCGCCUCAGCUGGGUGUCCCACCCCUGCUCAGAGGUCUCCUGUGGCUUCAUCUCAGAGUAAAAGGGUAAAGUGGUCAUCGAGGCCCCUAAGAGCCCACCUGAGCUGCUCCACCUUCCUCUUCGGCCCAUCUUUCUGUCUUGCUUGGUCCACCCGACCCGCCUUGACGUUGAAACUCUUCAAACUCCUUCCUGACUCGUGCAUUUACAUUGGUGAGUCUCCCUCUCUGGCUGUCUCUCCCCUAGAUGGUGUGUGCUGGCCUCCAUCUUGUCACUCAGACCUUAGCUCAAAUGUCACCUCUUCCAAGAAGUCUUCCGUGACCACAGUAAAACCCCCAGCACUCAGUACCUACAACUGAGAUACUUUUUUUUUUUUUUUUUUUUUGAGAUGGAGUCUCACUGUCCCAGGCUGGAGUGCAGUGGUGUGAUCUCGGCUCACUGCAACCUCUGAGAGAUUCUUUUGCCUCAGCCUCCCGCAUAGCUGGGAUUACAGGGAGGUGCCACCAUUUCCAGCUAAUUUUUUGUAUUUUUAGUAGAGGCAGGGUUUCGCCAUGUUGACCAGGCUGGUCUUGAACUCCUGACCUCAGGUAAUGCACCUGCCUUGGCCUCCCAAAGUGCUGGGAUUACAGGCAUGAGCCACCACGCCCAGCCUGAGAUACUAUAUUUUUGAUGCAUUUCUGCCUUCUUUCCUUAGUAUGUAUUGAUGUAUGUCAAAUAUCAGCUCCAGGAGGGCAGAGGUAUCCACCCAUUGGCUCAGGGCUGUAGCCUCAGGUCUAAAAGAGGACCUGGCAUGUAGUAGAUGCUCAACAAAAAUUACUGCACUGAAGAUGCUUGGACGUGUGCAGUUCCCAGUACCAGGCACUUCCCUAAACACUGUACACACAACUAUUUAAUCCUCACUGUCCAACUGUAGAGUAGGUUGUCACCAACCCUAUUUACAGUGAGGAAACAGGUCUUAGAGAAGUUAAGCGGUUGUCCUGGGCUGCACAGCUGGCACGUGGUGGAGCUGGGGCUUAGGCCAGAAGCCAACUGCAGCCUCUGAGGAAGCAGGUUUAUGAGACCCACUCUCGGCCAAGCACAGUGGCUCACCCACGCCUGUAAUCCCAGCACUUCAGGAGGCCCAGGUGGGCGGAUCAUUGGAGGUCAGGAGUUUGAGGCCAGUCUAGGCAACAUAGCAAGAACCCCUCUCUACAAAAAAUGAAAAAAAUUACUGUGGCAUGAUAAUGCAAGCCUGCAGUCCCAACUGAUCUGGAGGCUGAGGCAGGAGGAUCCCUUGUGUGAGAGUUUGAGGCACUGCACUCCAGCCUGUAACAAGACCCUGCCUCUUAAAGAAAAAGACCUACCCUCAGGAUGAGAAAACAGGCCCAGGAAGGGAAGGAGUUGCCUGGGGUCCAUCUGUGAGUGGCUGCUUCUGGGUUCCCACCCAGGUCCACCUGCCAGCGUGGAGGGUGAGUGUACCAGACCCUGCUGCUCUGGGAAGAGAUCCCCCCAGGCCAGGUGUGGCACCUCAGGCCUGUAAUCCCAGCACUUUGGGAGGCCCAGACGAGAGGAUCACUUGAGCCCAGGAGUCUGAGACCAACCUGGCCAACAAACGCCUUGGACCCGUUGGACACCCACCAUGCUGCCCCGAGGGCCAGCCUCUGAGCUGCUGCUGCUGCGGCUGCUCCUGCUGGGGGCGGCCACCGCUGCUCCCUUGGCACCGAGACCCUCCAAGGAGGAGCUGACCCGCUGUCUGGCAGAGGUGGUCACAGAGGUGCUGACCGUGGGCCAGGUCCAGAGAGGACCCUGCACUGCUCUUCUCCACAAGGAGUUGUGCGGGACAGAGCCCCACGGCUGUGCGUCCACCGAGGAGAAAGGCCUGCUGCUUGGGGAUUUCAAGAAGCAAGAGGCUGGGAAGAUGAGGUCCAGCCAGGAGGUGAGGGAUGAGGAAGAGGAGGAGGUAGCAGAGAGGACCCACAAGUCCGAGGUCCAGGAACAAGCCAUCCGCAUGCAAGGGCAUCGCCAGCUCCACCAGGAGGAGGACGAGGAGGAGGAGAAGGAGGAGAGGAAGAGGGGGCCCAUGGAGACCUUUGAGGACCUGUGGCAGCAGCAUCUAGAGAAUGGAGGGGACCUCCAGAAGCGGGUGGCAGAGAAGGCCAGUGACAAAGAGACGGCCCAGUUCCAGGCAGAGGAGAAGGGGGUGCGGGUGCUGGGCGGGGACCGCAGCCUGUGGCAGGGGGCCGAGAGAGGCGGAGGAGAGAGGCACGAGGACUCGCCCCACCACCACCACCACCACCAGCCAGAGGCUGAGCCCAGGCAGGAGAAGGAGGAGGCUUCGGAGAGGGAGGAAAAGGAGGUGGAGCAGCUGGAGCACUUGAGAGACGAACUGAAGAAGGUGACAGAGACGCUGGGGGAGCAGCUCAGGAGGGAGGGCUGACCCCUACCUCAGUCCCUCCUUCCUCCUGACACACCCUGUGGCUUAGGACUGUUGACCCCGAAGCCUCCACCUCACCUAGCACCCCACGCCACCCCUACCCAAACAGGGGAGGAGGCGGACGUGCCUUGGAACCACACCCAAGGAGGUGAGUCUGAGCUGGGCCGGGGGCUGGGCUCAGCCCUGACACAGGAAGCACCCCCACACCUAUGCACUCCCACUCCAACCCUUCUGAGUGAAUAAAGCACAAAGAAACG